UUCCUGACACACUUUCUGAGUUAUCUGUCACAGUUGGGACUUCAGUGAGAUACACUUUUAGGUUGAACAACUGUUGUGAACAUUUAUUUCUACAAAUAUUUUCUGGUUUUAUAAUUGUUGUGAGGACACAUUUUGGAGAAUACUCAUGCCUUCAGGGACUCAUUUGCUGACAUGUUAUUUAGUUAUAGUUAUAGUCUGUCAAAAUAUUUUUUGGGGGAAACUACAUUACUAAAACACGGACUCAAGUAUGCAAUCUAAUGAGAAUGCAUUAUUGUAGGCACACCUUACACAACUGAGGAAGUAUCUAUGCUGGUAACAUAUGCAAAUAUUUGAUCGCAAGUUAGGCCAUCCUCCUUAGAGGUUGGGCUCUGAUUAAACUUAUAAAGUCAGAAACACUAUUGUUUGACCUUACAAUCCAUCCAGGUUAGACAUAGAUAUAUUCAACGUUUGUUGUGAUAUAACAAUGUGGAGAAAUCAAAUUGAGGACAUGGGCAAAUCAAAAACCCUGUGGCAUUGGUAUUACAUGGCAGACUGUGGAAGGUGGCACAGAUUUGAGGGUGGUCCUGAUAACCAGCUGAGGAGUGAGCAUAUUGAAGAAUACUAUCUUAAAAACUCCAAAGGGGUUUUAACUAGAUUUUCAUCCGACUGCCACAGUAAAAUUGAUUUCUCAGUGAUGUUACAUACAGACCUCAAAACAGGGAAGCAAGCACGGAUCCAGCGGGGCUUUAACAUUGAGAGAAGUUGCUCGUGCUUCAGCGCUUCACCUGACUUCUGGGAAAAUGUCGACCCCACUUGCCCAUUUCAGUUAAUCCCUCUGAGUGAACUUACCCCGGAGUACAAGAUUGUGGCCAAUUACGUGAAGACUGACGGGCUGCUGGACAGAUCCAUACUAUCAAUCAAGAGGAUACAGAAUUCUGAUCUCUGGGAACUUUUCUGCAGGAAAAGGAAACAGUUGAUGAAAAUCCAUGGUGUCAAAGAAAUUAAAGAGGGAAGGCUCUUUCAUGGGACUAAAACCAGCAAUGUUCACACCAUUUGCAAAUAUAACUUUGAUUUAGGGUUUGUUGGGCAAAAUGGCACUGCAUAUGGGAAAGGGUCGGGUCACGGAGGUAGCAGUCCAAGUAAAUUGAUCCAGGCAUCCUUCUCCCCAGCAACACUUUCCAGCUCCUCCCGGAGAAUCCCGAAGCGAUCCCAGACCAGGCAGGAUAUAUAAUCCCUCCACCAAGUUCGGGGACUUCCCUCAGUUGUAUGUGCCCGGAGAAUCAGAAAUACUUUAUUCAUCCAAGGGGUAAAUUCAGUCAGAAAAGGAGGAGAAACAAGAUUGGUAAAUGGUAAUGGUAAAUGGACUGUGUUAUAUAGCACUUUCUCUAGUCUUCUUACCACUCCAAGCAAUGAAUCUACCUGUAAUCUUGCAGUCAGUGACCCUCAAAUAUCCCCAUUUUUUUUAAGAUCAAUGAGAACAAAAGUCUGAUAUUCUUUUCAUGGUUUGAAAAUGUACAUAACAUUUAUUCUGUUUCAUGAGACCAGCUGUAGUGUAGUGUAGCUUGUAGGUUUGCAUAACAUGUAUUUUACACAGGAAAAUGGAAACUGAAACUAAUAACACACAACUUAUAAGAAUAUUAAUUAA